CAAUGAAUUUGCGAGCCUAUAAAUCGAGAAGUGAGUUCGCGGACAGCGAGGCAUCUGGAGCAUCACACUGCUAGUAAGAGAGCCAGAAGCGAACCUCGCGCGUCGGCUUCACACAUCGUUCCACCAACGCAUUAACCAUGGCUUCAUUCACCGACUCGUUCGGUCAACCCGGGGACGAGUCACGACCCGCAGCCGCCGCCUCCACUCGCCCCUUUGAUGACGAUGGCUACCUCGGCUAUGACCCCCGCCUCCCUUCCCAGCGAUUCGACUCGUUCACCAACUUCGCCGAUUCCGAGUCCGUCAAGGAAUCGGUCGAGGACUCGCCGAUCUACAACAGCGCCUCCUACGCCGCUGCCGACGAUGUGUUCACUUCUCAGCCAAUCCCGGAUACUCCCUCUCCUCCCCCGAUCUAUGUCUCCGGCGGUGGAUUCGCUGCGGAUCAGCAUGAAUUCUCGUCCUUUUCGCCCGAAGCAAACGGGAAGGUGUUCGAUGAAGGUUUUGCUGGAUCGGAUGGUCCGAUUCUCCCGCCUCCUACGGAGAUGCAGUCGGAGGAGGGUUUUGCUCUCAGAGAGUGGAGAAGACAGAAUGCAAUUACACUGGAGGAGAAGGAAAAGAGGGAGAAAGAAUUGUUGAGCCAAAUUAUUGAUGAAGCAGAUGAGUACAAAGUGGAAUUCUACAGGAGAAGGACUAUAACCUGUGAAACAAACAAAACCACAAACAGGGAAAAGGAGAAGUUAUUCAUAGCCAACCAAGAGAAGUUCCAUGCUGAAGCUGAUAAGAAUUACUGGAAAGCAAUUGCAGAGCUCAUUCCUAAUGAAGUGCCAGCUAUAGAAAAGAAGAGAGGGAAGAAGGAUCAGGAUAAGAAGCCUUCCAUUGUUGUGAUCCAAGGGCCCAAGCCUGGGAAACCUACUGACCUGUCAAGGAUGCGACAAAUACUCUUAAAGCUAAAGCACAAUACACCUCCCCACCUGAAACCCUCUCCACCACCAGCACCAGCCCCGGCCAAGGACACCAAGACUGGCAAUUCUGCCUCUGCUGCUGCUCCCGCCAAGGCUGCUGUUGGGCCAAGCCCCCCUGAGGCUGUUGCUGCUGCUUGAUACUUAACUGGUUGCCAUCUUUGUCAGCUUUUUUUCUUAUAUGGAUGGAUAUUUGGUCUCGGAGAUUAUUAUUUUUGGUUUGUUGGGAGUUCUAGCCCUUUUAAGGACACUUUUGAUCGGUGGUUUAUGUGAUGGUGCUAGGUUAUAUUUUUGUGCAUGUUGAUGUAUAAAACAUGGUUUAUCUAGACAGCAUUUUGGCUGAUUAUAUUGUACCAUUGCAUUUUGGAUGGUA